AUGAUAGAUUACCUCACCAACCUGAUGAUAGAUUACCUCACCAACCUGAUGAUAGACUUCCUCACCAACCUGAUGAUAGACUACCUCACAAACCUGAUGAUGGACUACCUCACCAACCUGAUGAUGGACUACCUCACCAACCUGAUGAUAGACUACCUCACAAACCUGAUGAAUAAUUACCUCACCAACCUGAUGAUAGACUUCCUCAACAACCUGAUGAUGGACUACCUCACCAACCUGAUGAUGGACUACCUCACCAACCUGAUGAUAGACUACCUCACAAACCUGAUGAAUAAUUACCUCACCAACCUGAUGAUAGACUUCCUCAACAACCUGAUGAUAGACUACCUCACCAACCUGAUGAAUAAUUACCUCGCCAACCUGAUGAAUAAUUGCCUCACCAACCUGAUGAUAGACUACCUCACCAACCUGAUGAUAGACUACCUCACCAACCUGAUGAAUAAUUACCUCACCAACCAGAUGAUAGACUACCUCACCAACCUGAUGAUAGACAACCUCACCAACCUGAUGAAUAAUUACCUCGCCAACCCGAUGAAUAAUUACCUCGCCAACCUGAUGAAUAAUCAGCCAUUGACAUUUUUUAUCUCAAUUACCUGA